AUGCAAUAUCCUGUCCUCCCGCUUGUUGCCCUGUUGGCCGUUUUCCAAAGCGUUCUGGCUGUGCCAGUUCCGGUCGUGAUCACCAGAUACCACACUGCUGCUGGCCACACAACAACGGUCUUUGAUGUUACUGCCACCCAGACUAUUCAGGUUCCAAUUGUGCAAGUUUUCAUCUCUGGAACAUCCACCUGGACCAAUACCUUAAUUACAAUUGCUACCGGGGCUGAGAUGGCUGCUUCGAUCCAACCCACCACUACCAGUGUCAUCACUGAUACCUCAUCAACCUCGCAGCCAGAAGUUACGACUUCAUCCGCUGAAAGUGAAGCCACAAUUUCGGUGUCAACUUCUGCAACCACACCAACCGUUGAGACUUCAUCAGUCGCCGAGGCCACUACUACUGCAGAGUCAACUUCCUCGACUGAGGUUGAGACCACAUUAAGCUCAAGCUCAAGCUCGAGUUCAAGUGCUAGCAGUUCAAGUUCAAGUUCAAGUUCAAGUUCAAGUUCAAGUUCAAGUUCAAGCUCAAGUUCAAGUUCAACCUCGGUAACCACCCAUUCUUCUUCUUCCAGCACCACCAGCUCAUCCUCCUCGUCUUCCACUAAGGAGGAAACCUCAACAUCAACUCAAUCAGCCUCAACCAGUACUGAUUCUGCCGUAUCUACGAUUAUUCCUACCGCAUUGGUGUACAGUCCAUACGAAGACGAUGGAACUUGCAAAGACUACGACACCGUCCAAACGGACCUGACUCUCAUCAAGUCCAAGGGAGUCUCAUCUGUGAGAAUAUAUGGUAACGAUUGCAACUACUUGACCACCGUGCUGCCACUGGCAUCCAAGAUUGGCUUGAAGGUCAACCAAGGUUUCUGGAUCAGUUCUGAUGGUGUCGACUCUAUUGAUGAUGCCGUUUCUGAUUUCAUUGACGCUGCCAACGACAACGCCUUUGACUGGGACCUCUUCACCUAUAUCACCAUCGGUAACGAGGCUGUCAUUGACGAAUUUUGCUCAGUCUCAGAAUUGAUUUCCAAAAUCUCUUCCGUCAAGUCUUUGCUGAAAAAAGCUGGUUACACAGGAAAGGUCACCACUUCGGAGCCUCCUGUGACUUUUGAAGACAACCCAAGUCUGUGCACGGACUCAGAGAUCGAUUUCGUUGGUAUCAACUCCCACGCUUACUUCGAUGUCUACUCAAGCGCUUCGACAGCAGGUUCCUUUGUCAAGGGUCAAAUCGAGCUUGUCCAAGGAAUUUGCGGUGACCUGGAUGUCGUCGUGACCGAAACUGGUUACCCAAGCCAGGGAAUCACCAACGGUAAAAACGUUCCUUCCGAAGCUAACCAGAAAAUUGCAAUUGCCAACAUAUUACAGGAAGUUGGAUCCGAGGUUACCAUCCUGAGUACUUACAAUGACUACUGGAAGUCUCCAGGCGAGUAUGGAAUUGAACAAUCUUUUGGUGUUAUCCAUCUCCUCGAAUAA